AUGGAGAAUCAGUCCACUCACCCACCAUUGAACCUAGCAGCAGCAGCAGCGACACCAACGUCAAACGACAUCACUGCAUUCGCAAUUGAUCCUUCAUUAGAAGCAUCGAGUGAAUUCUUCCCUUCGACAGGUACAGAUCAAGGUAGUGGUAAUGAGGAUGAUGGACGACCCACUCAAGAAGACAUAGAUGCCGUUAUCAAAGCUUCGUUAGAUCAUGCUCAAGCUGAGGCUGAAGCCGAAGCACAUGCUCAUGCUCAUGCCCACGCUCACGCUGCAAAUGUCACGAAUACAGACGCCGAUACUCAGGCUGCUUUAUUAGCUGCUGCAGCCAUAACGAAUUUUGAUAACGUGUCUGCACCGUCAAUCACACCAGGUAUAGAUGAACAGCAUGAAGGUGAUACGUCACUACAGUCCACACCGAAAGUACAAGUCAAACCCAAGAGACCCAAGACAGAUAACUUGAGACAUGGGCAAGAAAAUAAUCCAAUAAACAAUCCAUCAUUGCAUAUUGCACCAUUUUCAAAACCUAUAAGAGAUGAAAGCACACCGUUACCUUUAUAUCUAUUAUUCGAUAGUAAAGCCAACUUUAUAAGAUGGCUAGACGCUGAAUCAAGUUGGUGUCAUUUCGUUCAGCGUAGAACUACCACACCUGAUAAAAGAUCUGCGGAACGUUUACAAGCUAGAAUAAGAGCUCACAAUAGAUCUCUAGAGGCUAUGAAUCCAGAAGAAAGAUCUACUGCAGCACCGCUAAAAACAAGACAACGUAAAAGAGUCUCACCAGUCUUGGAGAAAGUCACCUUCACAUGUCAUCACGCUGGAACGUAUGAAUCAAAACAUUCAACUGUAUUACCAAAAGAGAAAUUGAGGUUGAAUACCAAGAGAUCAGUCAAAUGUGCUUGUGCAAGUCGGAUCGUGUUGAGCGAAAAUCAAUCUGGUGAUUGUAGAGUUGUUUAUCAUUGGAAACAUGAUGGACAUGAUCCAUUCUCAGAUGCGGAUACUGAAGGUGGAAGAUUACCUAAAGCGAUUGAUAUUUGGUUAAAUAAACAAAUCGAGGCUGGUAAAACGCUUGAUGACAUACGAAAAGUAUUGAACAUAUCUGAAGAAGAGAAAGAAGCGUACUUGGCCAAAGUAGCGGCGGAUCCAACAACUAUGGAUCCAUCUUUACCACCUCCGUUAGCAUUGGCACUCAAAGUGAAAUACCCUGAUAUCUAUAAUCGAUAUAGGAAGCUGAAAGGUCCGGUGAAAGAACAUAAACAACUAAAAGGAUCAACCAAGAGAACUUCAAGUGGAACGAUGAAGAACGGUUCAAAGAUUAAUUCUUCAUCUCAGUCUCACUCUCCAUUAUCGUUGACACAAAUGUCUCGUAACAACGGGACCGAAAUGGAUAUGGGAAUCGAGGACCAUAAGUUCAAUUCUUCUGAUCAAGCAGGAAACGAGAAUGGAAUCGACCACGAUCAGAAUCCAUUAGGAAAUAUCUUGGACCCUUUAUUGACUUCGUACGAUCAAGAUGAACAAAAUAAAUUAGACUUGAUACAACCUACGCAAGCGCAAUUACAUGAACAUUCCCUUCAACAUGGACACGACCAUGACCACGAACAUGAUCUUGAACAUCAAGAAGUCGAUAAUGAAUUUGCACAAUUAGCUUCAUCUCAUGAUCUGACUUCGACGACAUCUGUGGAUGAGUUAAGUUCAACUCAUGAAGGAUUAGCACGAGCUUUGCUGGAAUUACCGUCUGGUGGUGGAUUAAGGGAUGAAGAUGGCAAUGAAAUGAGUCUAGAAGAAGCUAUGAGAAGGAUGGCUGAAGGUGUAGCUGCCGUGGCUGCAAGUCAAGAAGUUGAUCAGAUGGGUAUAUAA